GUGAAGGUUUCAACUCAAAAUAAACUUGGAUGUUACUUGCCGUAGUUGGGUAUUUUGGUUGUUAUAGCUUGUAACACUGAGGAGGUCUUCAAGUUGGCAGUUCUUUAAUGGCGACCACGGGUGACGGGUCGUUUGUCUGGAAACUGUCACUAUUUAUUUAGAUUUUUAAGUGUAGGUUCUGUGUUUACGUAAACAUGACGGGGAUUUUACCUACCUAUCAGCGAUUUGUAAAUGGAGUUCCUGUACCGUCCAUUUCUCGGCGUUCGUUCCGCCUACGAGAAAAAUAUUUGAUUGUUUCUGUACUUUUGACAUUCGGGAUCGUGUGGUUAGGAGCAUUAUUCUACUUGCCAGAGUUUAAAAGUUCAAAUAGUGUGAACGAUAGUGUUUACAAUGUAUACAAAAGAAUUCAGAAAGCUGGCCCAGAGCUGCUCAUGCCGCCUCCUCUUGCACAAAACGAUGUCGGUGACUUUCCUGUGAUUGGGAUGGCUCACCAUGGUGAAGGAGGUGAUGAUCCUCACGUAGUCGAAGACAGGAACCGGCUACGAGCUAAGAUAGAGGAGGAUAUGGGAAUGAAAGUGUUAGAGAGGCCUCAGUUUGACGUAGCACCUUCUGUGUCGUCUUCGCGAGGGCCCAGCAAGCCGCCAGUAGAUGCGAUUGAGGAGCCUGCGGCAGGGAACAAUGCAGCCAAUAAAGACGUGUCACCGGCGGGCCCGAAGGCUGAGAGCUCGGACAAGUUUGUGGCUGUGGCCCUGGCACCAGGAGCUGACCCUGAAGUCAAACACAAGCUGGAGACUGUCAAAAAGACAAACCUAUGCUACUUCGCAUUAAAGCUAUAUUAG